AUGGAUCUGAUCAACUCUACUGAUUACCUGAUCAAUGCCUCUACUUUAGUAAGAAAUAGCACUCGCUUUCCAGCUCCUGCCUCAAAAACCAAGCCAAUCAUUACCCUUCCUUUAUUCGUAUCAUUUAUAAUUGGUACCAUCACCAAUGGCCUCUAUCUAUGGGUGCUAAAAUUCAAAAUGAAAAAGACUGUCAAUACUCUCUUGUUUUUUCAUCUCAUUCUUUCAUAUUUCAUUUCAACAUUGAUUCUGCCAUUUAUGGCCACCUCCUACCUUCAAGACAAUCACUGGAGCUUUGGAACAGCUAUGUGCAAAGUCUUCAAUGGAACUUUAUCGCUGGGGAUGUUCGCCUCUGUUUUCUUCCUCUCGGCCAUCAGUCUUGAUCGUUACCUUCUCACUCUUCACCCGGUGUGGUCACAGCGACACCGAACCCCACGCUGGGCUUCCAGCAUCAUCCUGGGAGUCUGGAUUUCUGCCACUGCCCUUAGCAUACCCUAUUUGUUGUUCAGGGAGACACAUGAUGACCAUAAAGGAACAGUGACCUGUCGGAAUAACUAUGUUUUGUCUACUAACUGGGAAAGCAAAGAGAUGCAAGCGUUAAGGAAGUGGAUUCAUGUAGCCUGUUUCACCAGCCGCUUCGUGCUAGGUUUUCUUCUGCCUUUCUUCAUCAUCACCUUUUGCUAUGGAAGAGCUGCCCACAAGAUGAAAGAGAGGGGUCUGGUUAAAUCCAGUAAGCCCUUCAAAGUCAUGUUGACUGCCAUUAUCUCUUUCUUUGUGUGUUGGAUGCCCUACCAUAUAUACCAGGGUUUAAUUCUCACUAAAAACCAGUCACUAUUUUUACAGUUUAUUCUGAUACUUACAGUGAUAACUACUUCUUUUAACACUGUCUUUUCUCCCACACUCUACCUAUUUAUUGGGGAAGAUUUUAAAAGAGUUUUUAAGAAGUCCAUUCUUGCUCUGUUUGAGUCAACAUUCAGUGAGGAUUCUUCAGCAGAAAGGACACAAAACCUAAAUUCAGGGGCAUGA